CUCGCGGGCGCAUGCGCAGUUGGGGGCCUUCCCAACCAACGGCGCUCUGAGGCCCAUGUGACCGUCUCCCUUUCUCUCCUUCCCCUCACUACAUACGGGGUAAGGGGAGGUGCGCGCGUGCGCUCGAGAUUUGCGGCCGCCGAAGAUCGGCGGCAGAGGGGUGACGUUGCGCUCUUGGGCCGUGAGAGGCCGACGAGGCUCUUCGGCAACGCCGAGCCGAGUCUCUCAGGAGUCGCUGUGGCCGCCUUUCGUGCCUUUGGCCGCCGAGCGAGCAGCCGGGGGCCUCUUCCUUUUUUCUUAUUUGCUCCCCGCCUCAGAGGGUGAGGAGAUGCGUUCGGCGUGAGGCUCCGGAGGGUCUCGGUCCGGCCCCCGCUCGAGCCAUGGCUUCGCCCAGCUGGCAAGAGGUUGUGGCCCAGCAGGCCGAGGAGGUGUCCGCCCGGCUGCGGGACAUGCUGUCGGCUGGCGUGGGCCUGUUGCGCACCGAGUUGGGCCUGGAGCUGCCGCCGGGCCUGGAGCCGCAGCGCCUGCCCACCUGGCUAGUGCUGCUCUCCACCUUCGUCCUGGCGCUGCUGGUCCUGCUGGGGCUCCUGUGGGCCACGGCCUGGGCCCGAGCGGGAGAUGCUCGCAGGAAGCGCCCUAGGAGAGCCGCCGAGACGGGGGAGGAGGACGACGAGGAGGAGGAGGAAGAGGAGGAAGCGGCGGAGACUGGGGGUCUGACAGGAGGAGGCGUCCCGAACAAGGCGGCUUCUGGGACGGCCGCGAUGGUCUUGCUGAAGGGAGAAGAGCAGAAGAAGCGGAGUAAAAAGAAGCCGCUGGAGAAGGCGGGCAGGCUUAAUGGUCAACCUGCCCAUGAAGUGUCUGAAGAAGAAAUAACGCAGACUCUUCGAAGAGAGAACUUAAAGCAAUCACCAGAUGCAGAAAAGAAAAUGGAAAAGUCAAAGAAGAAUAAGAAGAAACCAAAGGGAGAUACUAAAAUGGUUCAGGACCAAUCACGUGUUGAUGGAAAAGAAGUUGAUGAAGGAGCUUGGGAAACCAAAAUCAGUAACCGAGAGAAACGGCAGCAGCGUAAACGUGACAAGGUAUUGACUGAUGCUGGGUCCGACUCAAACUUACCAGGCAUGGAGAAUUCAGUUUCAAUAUCCACUGAGCAGCUAACAUCUGCAACGUCCUUUUCAGUUGGUUCCAGAAAAGGCAAAGGUGAUCCUGUUUUGAAUGUUCACGUUAACAACUCUAAAUCUGGAAAAGGUGAUGGCACACUCCAGCAAGUUCCUUCAGGACUGAGUGAAGGCCCAACCGUCAAUGGAAGCAACUGGAACGAAAAACCCGUAAAACUCUCACCUCAGAUUGGUUCAACUGAGGAGAAAUGGACAUCAGUGUCACCUUCUGGUAGCAAGCGAAAGAAUGGGACAUCUGCUUGGGGGAAAGAUGCCGGAGAUAAUGGAAAUGGAAAGGAUUGGGGAGUGUCCCUGGUGGGCAGCACCUGGGGUGAGCGCACUUUGUUCCCUAUUGCCUGGUCCGAGGGAAGAAUCAACACACCUGAACAGAGUUCUUCUACGUUCACUUCCUUGGGAUUAAAUCCUACAGUUUCUGGAUCUGGGACUGACUCUGUUUCGCAGCCUGCUCCUACAGAUUAUCAGUGGGAUUUAAACCGUAAUCAGGCACCUGUCGAUGAUGAAUGGUCUGGGCUAAAUGGGCUUUCUUCCACUGAUCCCAGUUCUGAUUGGAAUGCACCAGCAGAGGAAUGGGGAAACUGGGUAGAAGAAGAAAAAGCUCCUUCCAUUCCACAGCUUGAAGAAGUAUUAUCUGAAGCUCAAAAGGCUUCAGAUGAUGAGAAGGAGAAGGCAGAACCAACUCUGCAAAACACUGCAAGUGGUAAAUCAAAAAAGAAGAAGAAGAAGAAGAAGAAGCAGGGAGAAGAGGCUAGCUCUCCUGUACAGGAUGCUGAAGACCUGGAUAGAGAUGCUGGAGAAGAGUUUCCAGAAGAUACCUCAAAAGUUCAACAAGAGGAGACAGCUUUCUCUUUAAAGACCAUCAGCACUAGUGAACAAGCUGAGCCUGAGGAGAUGCCCUCAUUUGCUGUUUCUACUGAGCCAUCUGAAACUGUAUCAGAGAGUGAAUCUGAAAAGAUACCUUCCCAAGUGCCACAGAUGUUGCAGGAGACGGAAGUUCCCAUUUCUAACAUUAAACAAAACAAUGUGCCUCCGCCACAGACAAAGUCUGAAGAAAACUGGGAGUCCCCCAAACAAAUUAAAAAGAAGAAAAAAGCCAGAAGGGAAACGUGAAUUUUCUGAUAUGGACGUGUGUUGCAGAAACACUUGUCGUGAAGAUUAUGCUGUUUAUGCAAUAAUUUGUGAACCUGUACAGAAUUUUAUAUAAAUUUCAACAGAUUUUUUUAAAAAACAAACUGCUUUGAACACAACCAUCUUUGAGAACAGGAACUGAAGGAAAAUGUUGGUGAUGUAAUUUAACAGGAAAUAUGACAAUACUGGAAGACAUAUCGAAGAGUCUGUAUUUUCAACAUAAGGGGAAAGUAAUUUUACAAAGCAAUUUGGCUUUACAACCAUGCCCUGUUUACAACAGAUUAUGCCCUAUUUGAUUGAUGUGCAUUGGAGAAAAGGAAUUGGUUUUAAAAUGAUCUCUUUAAUCUUUAAAACUAGUGUCACUCCCAAGAGAUAGUGUCUGCCUUUCUGAAUUUGUUUAAUGUCUAAAUCAAAGAUCUCUGCUUAAAUAAUCUGCCAUCUCUUUCUAACACUUAAUAUAAUUAACUUUAUGGUUAGCGCAUUCUAAGUGCAGAGGGAGGCCGGAAGCAUUUACUUUUGAUUAGUUCCCCUGAUUUGAAUAGCACUAAUUCAGAGUAAAUAUGUGUGUGAAAAUUGUGGCUAGAUUCAUUCCGUAAACAUGUUUGUGGUUGAGAAUGCACAACUUGCAAACUCUUUGGGGGAUUAAGAAACUGAAAAACUUGGUCAAAACUUGAAUAUGAUUCAUGAAGAUGAUUCUGAUAGUCUGCUUGAAUUAUUCAAAUAUUUUUUAAGAAGAUGGAGCAGUACCCAAAAUCAGUCUUCUGUGUUUUAUUUGUUUUGAGGCGGUAGGUUAGUUGUUGCCCAUUAACUUGAUUCCUUUUAAUUUGAAACCCAUGUUUUCAAUUCUUUUCCACUACCCAUUUCCCCCUUCUUUAAUUUUUUUUUAACAUUCUUAAAACUUCUGCAAGCUCUCCAAGUCUUCAAGGAUAUGGUAGAGAAGGAACGAGAAAAAUAAUGGCUUCAGACAGCUUUAAUUAUUGUUGAGACCACCUGUAUCAGGAAGUGCUUUUUUACUGCCUUAACCUAUGUAGAAUUUGCAUCUAGAGUUCUUAAAUGGGAUUUGUGUGUGUGUUGUAUUUUUUAAAAAAUCAUGCAAGUACAGCAGUUGUAAAACAAACCAUCAACUUUCCUCCUGGAAUUAUUGAUUAAAAUGGAAGUUGAGCUGCAUCAUUUUCAGGCACUGUGUAAUUACAUCUUAUCAAGCAGGCAGGUAUCUAUCUAUGAAUAGUGCAUGCUCAGCCAUGUACACUGUAUAUAGCCUUUACAAAAUGUGUGUGUUUAAAGGACCAUAAUUAACAUAACUUGGUGAACAUCUAUUAAAGAAAAGCCAUGAUUAUUUGAUGUGAUUGGCUUAGAUUUUUUUCAUGAGGCAGAGAAACUGCAACAGCUGUAACCAAUGGUACUGACUCUCCCAUAAUGUCUCAUUGUACACAUCUGAAAUUUUUAGUAAAAUUUAACUUGCAAUGCAAGAACAAUUAAAGCAACAAACUGGAUUUAGUUGUACUGAAGACAAGCCUUAUUAAUUGAUAGUGUUCCUAAUAAAUGAAUACUAAUGUGCACAGGUGUUAAUUCCUGUUUCAGGAACAUGACAGAUGUUUACAUAUUCAGAUGUUUUGUUUAAUUCAGUGACAUUUCUAAAUCAAUUUUGUUAAAAUAAAUUGAGCAAAUUGAUAGUAUUGUGUUAUUUAUGGGAAGGGAGUAGUAUUUAGACAAUGUUUAGCAGGAUGGGAGGGGUUCCAUGAAAAUAUUUAGUAUUGAAAUACAGUUUUCAGCAGUGGUUUUUAAAAGGGUGUUGAACAUGUGAAAUCAUGUAUGUUCCUUGAUGUAAACUCAUUCUUCAUAUAUGCCAUUAAGUGUGACAAACAUCAUUCAGUUCUAAUGUAAACUUUUGAAUGUUAAAAAAUAAUUAAUAAUUAUCAGCCCCUCUCCACACUUGAUCAGCUACAGUCUUCUGCAACAGGUAAUACAAUGGCAAGCAUUAUACAAAACAGCCACAAAAUUCAAAGCAGUCAAUACCUUUGCUUCCAUGGGUGGAACUUCCGAAGUUAUUACCUAAGGCCACUAAAGUUACUUGACUAAAAUUAAGUCCACUUGUUAAUUCUGAAGAGUGCUCCAGCAUAUCAUUCUCAUGAAAGAAAUUAUUAGAAGUCUUUAUAUCCAUUCCUGCUUCCAAGUCAAAUCUAAAGUGCUUCUAAUAUUAACUGUGCUUGUCACUGAAACAACUUUUGUGUGAUUUACAUGCUCCACAAAGUUGUUUGUGUCAAAAACUGUAUGGGUCUGCCUUUCUACAAGUUGUACUAUUAAAUAAUACUUUGAAGGUACAGUACUUCCAGACAACAAAAUUGGCUAGUUUUUAAGUACUGGCCUUCUGAGAACACAGACCUGCCUUGGGCAAGUUUCAUGAUACUUUUGCAAACAUUAGCAGUGGGUACUCAAAUCAGCCCUGAGCAGACACUCUAGAAGUGUAGUACAAAUGGCUAAGAAUAAUUGGCUUGUCGCUCUUGGUGUCUUAGUGCUGCUUUCCGAGUCAUUCCAGAGCAUUUCUAUGUUUAGAGAUAUUUAGCAGCAAACAUGGAGAUGGUCUUGUCAAAACAAAGGGGCUCUUGUUUGCCUUGCUCAUUAGCCAUUUGCCCCAAAUCUCUGCUGACCUAGGCAUGCCUAAACCCAUUGGUUCCAGUAGGCUUAGGUAUGCCUAACUUGGCAUGGAGUUGCAGCCUAAAUUAGUGUUUGUCUGUUCACAUUCACUACAGCUCUAAAACUGGCAUUGACAGACUGCAGGCUUUCCAAAUUGCAGCCUGUAGCAGUUCCUAUGAGUUUCCCCAGACUCUUAACUUCAGGGUCCCUGCACUUGAAACUAGAGCCUUUACCCUAUGAAGUUGCUCUAGCAGGUCUAAAAUUAUACUUCUGUUAUCCCUUGAAGAAAAAUAACACUAAAAUGUUUAGCUGGUCUCUGCAACUUCUCAUAAUGCAUGAAGUAUGUUUGUGAAGCUCCUGAAUUGAGACCAGAAAGGCUAGGGUUGCCAUCUCAGAGGAAAUGGGCAAGCUAACACAGCCAUCUCCCAUUCAGAAUGUUUACAGAAUGGAAGACCUUUUGACAAUGACAAAAGUAUCCCAAAACAAAGUAGUAGUAAACACAGCAUGCAAACUGGAGAUGAAAACAUCCACACUUGCACAUACUGGAUAGUAGAAGCCUUUAAGGCCAGCUGCACCCUAGUCUCUUGUUUAUGGCAAGCAAACCAGCUAAACUUAUUCUCAUUAGUGAAUGCAUGAAAAGUAAUGUGGGUUUUGUAACUUUUUAAAUUGUUUGUAUGCACAACUUGACAAUUGUGAUAUGUAAUUUGGAUAUUCAUUGCAUGCUUUAAUCGUCAAUUUUUCUUUUCUUUUUUCUUGGGGGAGUGUAUAGAAUCCAUACAUGUUACAGAACUGGCUCAAGGUGGAUGAAAACUGUAUUUCUGACUUUUUUAAAAAAAAAAAAUUAAAAAUACAGUAGACAACAUUAUUUAACUAAUUAAAGAAUGUACACAUUAAAACAAAUUUUCAAAACUG